GCUCGACCGCGAUCACCGUCAAAGAGGAGCUUUGGCUUCGAUUCAAGUCUCCCCGUUUCGUACGUGCAUUACCCAACCGUUCUUUUUCCCCGUGACGGUUCUGUUCCAGCGCUUUCCUUCGGUGCAGCGAUACUUCGGUCUUACCUCUCAAAUUCAUCGUCCACUCUCCUCCAUUGUCUGCCCUUUCUUCGAGCGGAUUGUACGCUGCUUGUUCGCCGAUCGACUUGCGCAGUGUCUGAAAGGGACAUGUCCCUGACCAGCUAAAUGGCCAACAUGUCCCCUCUCAGAGGUUACAUCACAUCGUACCCGCCACGAGUGCGCCAGUAUGGUAAUGCGCUUCUUACUCCGAUUAUCCCACCCAGUCAGGUGGGCCCAACGCCGCGAACGACGAAGCGAGGAACCGCCGCAAUCAAUUAUGCAGAAGAUGGAUUCGAUGAUGAAGACUUCGAGGACAGUGAAGGACCCCGGCGGCCCACUGGGCUAAGAAGUCUUCGACGGGAGGAGUCAACGUUCGACAAGGUUCCUUUGGCGGAAAAACUGGGGAAAGAGAUACACGCCCCCGUCGAGGUUCAAGGGGUCUUCCGGGAUUGGAUGAUCAAGAGAAUGUUGCGACCAGCUUGCGCCGAUCAAUUGCAAAUCCAAGCGCAACUUCCCCUCACGCUUAUACCUAUACGAAUUGACCUAGAGAUCCCAGCGCAUCAACCUUUAGAGCCCUUCCCAUUGCCGCGAACUAUCCUUGAUCCUAGCAUCAACCCUACGUUGCCCGCAUACAGACGGCCGGAGGCACUGCCUGCCUACCGAAUCAAGGAUACCUUUCUUUGGAAUCUUCAUGAAGCGCUCGCGACGCCUGAAGAAUUUGCCGUCGGGUUCGUUCGCGAUAUGGACCUGCCAAACCCACAAGCCAUGACGAUGACGAUUAGCAACCAGAUCCGCCAGCAAUUGGAAGAAUAUGCCGGCGUUGCGCUACACCCGUUGUUCCAGAGCGUGCAGCCAAAGCUUCCGGCCCCACAGGCUGGCCUGUCGCGGGAUGUGUCUGCUACUCCGGUUUCUGCCCACGCCGCAACACCUGAUAGCAGAGCUAACCAGGUGACGGUGACCAAAGAGCCCCUGGUCAACGACAGCAUUCUGAAUCCAGACGAUGCAUAUCGGUGCCUGAUAAACUUGAAUAUCAACUUGCAGAACAAGUUGUAUACAGACAAGUUUGAAUGGUCUCUGUUGCAUCCCCCGGGCAUGGCUGAGGAGUUUGCCAGAACUACGUGCGCGGACCUUGGUUUGGGCGGAGAAUGGGUUGGGGCCAUCGCGCAUGGUAUCUAUGAAGCUGUCCUGAAGUUAAAGAAGGAAGUUUGUGAAAGUGGUGGGCUCAUUAGCGGCAUGGGCGGUUACGGUAACGAGAUUGAUAACCAAGCUGCGAAUGGCGCUGAGGCAGGUUGGCGAUAUGACCCCGAGGGUCUGGGCGACGAAUGGGAACCUAAGGUAGAGACGCUGUCAAAAGAGGAGAUUGAAAAACGCGAAGGUGAUCGUGAACGUCAGAUCCGACGUCUACGUCGAGAAACGGCUAGAUUCUCCUCGACUGCCGGCAUUACGCCAGACACUUCCCGACAAGGUAGCGGCUAUUUCGAUGUGGAUAGCGAGACCCCCCUAGGGCGAGGCGAGAGAAGCAAGAGGAAGAAACGAUUCCGCAGCCUGAGCCCCUUGGGGAGGGGAGGGACCCCUGGUGGACGGGGGACGCCCGACACUGGUUCUGGAGCCGGCUAUGGGGGAGGUGGUGGGACACUCUCUGACUGGGAACGUCAGAAUUGGCGCUGCACCAACUGUAUGGUCUGGGGUACCGCUGUUUGGGCUGUACGAGAUGGCCCAGCAGGCCAAAGGACACUCUGCCACAACUGUGGUCUUUUGUACGAACGAGACAAGGUGGCCCCCGAAUGGUCGAGAGAUCUGCACCGUCACGAUAUGCCCAUCGGUCGGUAGUAGAUCGUGCAAAAGGGUCCGCGUAGAUUUUCCGUCUCUACGCUCUGUACCUAUACGGCAGAGGUGAGACUCCACACUGAUGCGAUAAUUCACGGUCAGGACAAGUCUGAUCAGUCUGAUCAGUCUGGUCCGUUCACCAGGCCGGCUUUUUCGUAGUAUUCCUACGAUUCUGACGUGAUGAAUCCUCGUCGGAAAGCCCCAGCCUGCCUUGUUUCCCUGCCGGAACACAGUCAAUGUACUAUCUGAUUUGAUGAUAUCUCUAAUGAACCUCUAUAGUCGGGACAGGCGUUUUCAUUUUCUUGAUUCAUUGCUUCCCCAUCUCUUUCUAAUACGUUUCA